CCGGUUCGGCAGCGAAUGAGCGGGCGCGCAGCCUGGGCGCAGGGAGUGGCGGCGCAUGAUAAGGCAGCGUGGGUGGCUGGUGCUGCGCUCUGCGACUGGUCGUUGUCGGAGCCCGUGCCUGGCUGUGCUGCUGCGGGAGGAACCCAGGCCCCGGGCCGAGGCUGCCCCGGGAAUGCUUUCAGUCGGCACAAACAUGGCUGCGGCCCUGCGAUCUGGGGGCGUCCUGCUCCGCGAUCUGCGAAGCCGAAAACUGGAAUAUUAAUGCUCAACAUGGGAGGCCCCGAAACCGUCGGAGAAGUUCAAGACUUCCUUCGGAGGCUCUUCUUGGACCAAGAUCUCAUGUCACUUCCUAUUCAAAAUAAGCUGGGGCCAUUCAUCGCCAAACGCCGUACCCCCAAAAUUCAGGAGCAGUACCGCAGAAUUGGAGGCGGGUCCCCCAUCAGGAUGUGGACUCGAAAGCAAGCGGAGGGCAUGGUGAAGCUGCUGGAUGAGUUGUCCCCGCACACAGCCCCUCACAAAUACUAUAUUGGAUUCCGGUAUGUCCACCCUUUAACGGAAGAAGCGAUUCAAGAGAUGGAGAGGGAUGGGCUUGAAAGGGCGAUUGCUUUCACACAGUAUCCACAGUACAGCUGUGUGACCACAGGCAGCAGCUUGAAUGCCAUUUACAGAUACUAUAAUGAAGUGGGAAAGAAGCCCACAAUGAAGUGGAGCACGAUUGACAGGUGGCCCACACACCCCCUCCUCAUUCAGUGCUUCACAGACCACAUUCUCAAAGAACUGGAACAUUUUCCACCGGAGAAGAGACGCGAGGUGGUCAUCCUCUUUUCCGCACACUCACUGCCAAUGUCUGUGGUCAACAGAGGGGACCCCUAUCCUCAGGAGGUGGGUGCCACUGUCCAGAGAGUCAUGGAUAAGCUGGGUUACUCCAACCCUUACCGACUGGUUUGGCAGUCCAAGGUUGGUCCGAUGCCCUGGCUGGGUCCUCAGACAAGAGAGGCCAUCAAAGGGCUCUGUGAGAGGGGGAGGAAGAAUAUCCUCUUGGUUCCGAUCGCGUUUACCAGUGACCACAUUGAAACGCUGUAUGAGCUGGACAUCGAGUACUCUCAAGUUCUAGGCAGUGAGUGUGGAGCUGAAAACAUCAGAAGAGCAGAGUCUCUUAACGGAAACCCGCUGUUCUCCAAGGCCUUGGCGGACCUGGUGCACUCUCACAUCCAGUCCAAUGAGCGGUGCUCCACGCAGCUGACUCUGAGCUGUCCCCUCUGCGUGAACCCCGUCUGCAGGGAGACCAAAUCCUUCUUCACCAGCCAGCAGCUGUGACCCGCCAGAGCACCGCCGGGGUCAGAUACGUCCCCGGUGGAGGAGGACGCGUUUAGCCAUCAAGGGAGGAAGUUACAUUAGUGUACGGCCUUUGCCGCAGUUGUCUGAUUUCUUGAGGAGAGGACUCAGAAAUCCUUAUUGAGGGCUUUCUAUUUUUAUAGGCCAAUACAAUAUGCAUUUAUACUCCCACGUUCUGGGUAAAGUUAUUUGUUUGCGGUGUCCAUGAGGCUAUUUUUAAAAGGAGUUUGAAAAAAUUUAUUUUAUGAGGCACGCAUGUAUUUUCAUGUUUUGGUUUUAUUACGCCCAAAACACCCUGCAGGGAUAUGGAGAGCCCCCACCUCUGUGGCUGUCAGUGUGAAUGAGAUCUAUUUACAGUCUCACACGUAUUUUUUUGAAGUGAACAUAGUUGGGUAAAUGAACUAUAAUUUGAAAAAAGAAAGGAUACCUAAUCUUUCCCUCAGCCUGUGGUUACAGAUUGCUGGUCAGGUGAUGUGGUUCCUAAGGUGGCUGCUUUGCCAGUGAUGUCACUGUUCAUUUUGGUCCUUUCGUGUGAACCUCAGUUUCCUUACCAUCAGAUGGAAUCAAGUGUAGAUUCCAAAAGCGCUCUGAGAUUCCACAGACCCUCAGGGCGGAUUACUCGGCAACCUGCGUUUGUCACCGGCUGGCCUCCCCGCUUAGUGGGACUGGGCGGUGCCACAGGAGGGGUCUUCCCCUCCCCAUCUUCCCGCCUGCAAGGAUGACGAAGCUGAAAACGCUGACAAAGGGCUUCGUGUUCAAAGCCCGUUUGUCCCAGGACUUUAAGGACCUUGAGCAUCUUCUUUGUCUUGGUUGAAUAUCCCCUUCUGCGUAUUCGUUUGAAGAAUUAUUUUUUAAAGUCAACUCUGUUUUGUAACGUCAAAUUAUUUCUUAAUUUUAAUUUUUAUUAUAAAAUUUAUAUAACCAUGCUAUAGGAAAUUUGGAAAUAAAGGAAAAUAACCACUCUAAUGCAACAACUAUUAAUCAUAUUAUUGUAUUUCAUAUCCGUCUUUUCCUGUAGAUGUGUUAAAUGCCAUUGUAACUUUGUGAGUGAAAAGUUGUUCUAAGAAUGUAGAAAUCAUAUAAGAUCAGACUUGCAUCUUCUACACCUGGAUUAAAUGGAGUUAAAAAUCUC